AAAAUUAAAUCGUGGCAAACAACAACGCAAGUUCAAGCAUGAAAAAGCUCAAAAAGAACUGGAAGAACUAGAAGAAAACUGCAAAGCUUUGACAAAUGAUUCGAAAUUCGAAAAAUUCGGCGAAUUGCCUCUAUCCCUUUUGACCUUGAAAGGCUUACAGGAAUCAAAUUAUGUUGAAAUGACUGAAAUUCAACGUAAAGCGCUCCCCCUCGUUUUACGUGGAGAGGAUAUUUUAGGAGCAGCCAAAACCGGCAGUGGAAAAACCUUGGCCUUUUUGAUUCCAUUAAUUGAAACAUUAUAUCGACGGCAAUGGUCGCAGUUGGAUGGAUUAGGUGCUCUUGUGAUAGCUCCAACACGAGAAUUGGCAGUUCAAAUUUUUGAGGUUCUUCGAAAAGUUGGACGACACCACUUUUUAUCAGCUGGGCUUAUAAUUGGAGGAAAGGAUUUACAUAUCGAACAAGAACGUAUUAAUAGAAUGAACAUCCUUAUAUGUACUCCUGGGCGUUUGUUACAACAUAUGGACCAAACUGCAGGUUUCAUUUGUGAUAAUUUACAAGUCUUAGUUUUAGAUGAAGCAGAUCUAAUUCUUGACAUGGGUUUUGAGAAAACUGUUAAUGCCAUAAUAGAAAAUAUUCCUAAACAUCGCCAAACUCUUUUAUUUUCAGCAACACUAACUAAAUCUGUCAAAGAUCUUGCUCGAUUGAGUCUUCAGAAUCCAGAACACGUAGCCGUGCAUGAAGAUUCUGAUCACAGUACACCACCAAGUUUAUUGCAGCAUUAUUUGGUGUGUGAAUUACCUGAAAAAUUAGACAUUUUAUUUUCAUUUAUUAAGUCUCAUCUUCAAGCAAAAGCUCUGGUAUUUUUGUCGAGCUGUAAGCAGGUCCGCUUUGUAUUUGAAACUUUUUGCAAAAUGCAACCGGGAGUCAUAUUACUUCAUUUGCACGGAAAGCAAAAACAAACAAAGCGUGUAGAAAUAUUUAAUAAGUUCUCUUCUUUAAAACAUGCAUAUCUGUUUGCCACGGAUAUAGCCGCAAGGGGUCUGGACAUUCCAGCCGUUGACUGGGUAAUACAAUUAGAUGCCCCAGGAAAUGCAGACAUAUACAUUCAUCGCGUAGGACGUACAGCAAGGUAUGAGGCAUCUGGGCUUGCAUUGCUAUUUUUGUUGCCAAGUGAAGAACAAGGGAUGUUGAAAGCUUUAGAUCAAAAAAAAGUACCGAUUGCAAAAACUAAAGUGAAAUCAAGCAAAACAAUGAGUAUACAGAAACAACUGCAAUCUUUUUGUUUUCAAGAUCCUGAAAUUAAGUAUCUGGCACAAAAGGCUUUUAUAUCAUAUAUGCGAUCAAUUUAUCUUCAAAGUGAUAAAUCAAUAUUUAAGGUAGAUGAAUUACCUGCGGAAGAAUUUUCCGCUUCUCUUGGGUUACCUGGUGUGCCAAAAAUUAAAUUUGUCAAAAAAUCACAAGUAAAAAACGCUAUUCGUGAAAAGCCUAAAGAAGUAACUGAUUAUGAAAGCUCAGAAGAUAAUCAGUCAUCAAAUUCUGAUAAUGUUUCAGAUGAAGAAAAAAAAAAGAAUUCAAAACCAAAAACUAGAAUAGAAAGAAUUUUUAAUCGUAAAAAUAUGUCCGUUUUUACUGAUCACUACAAAAAACUUGUGGAUCGAGGAAGUGACAAUAUUACGGAUGAAGACGAUGAAUUCAUUAUUCUCAAACGUGUCAAUCAUGAACUAUCUUUGGAUCUAGAACAACAAAACCGUAAAAAAUUAUCAAAACGUAAGCUUUUGAAAGCCAAAUCAAAGAAAUCUGCGAUUAAGAAUGCGGCUAAAGGAAAUAAGCUAAUAUUCGAUGAUGAUGGAAAUCCUCAUCAAGUGUACGAAUUUCAAGAUGAAAAGGAAUUCCAUUUAGUUGAUA